AUGUUGUUAUUUACGCCUUCUGUUGCAGCCGCAUUCUGUUCGAGUUAUGUUAAACGAAGAAAGCAUCACAAACCUCUAUCAUUAAAAGGAAGAGGUAUGUCUGUGCCUAGUUUAUAUUUUGGUGAAGAAAAUGAAGAAAUGGAGGGGACAUCCGGUGCUUUAAAUGAAAAUAUUCCCCACCAAAUCCAGUCCCUCGUUGAUUUACAUCAAAUUCCCGGUGAACUUUGGCUAACUCGAAGAAGAAUUGAAGCUGGAGUUAGAGAACAAAGAAAGCAAAGAGAAAUGUUAACAAAUGUUCAGGAAAGAUUGGCACAAUGCCGAUUAGAAAGAACAAAACAAUCAAAAUUUGAAAGAAGAAUUACUAGUCCAUUUCGUUUGCCACGCAGUCAUUCACCUCCAAAUUCUUCUGAAAGAUUUGCCCCAACAUAUCAUCUUCCCGAAAGACCCAGUACUUCACAUAGAAGACAACAAAUUAGUACAUUUGCCAUAUCUACUGGAGAUGAAUUUUCUAGAAAUAUAUUUAAUGAAGAUGAAAGUAUUAAUAUACCAGAAAGACAAUUUAGGAAUCGUUUAACUGCAUUAGAGCAACAGAUGGAACGUUUAAAUUUAUUUACUGCUCAAUCUCUUUCCUCAAAAUUAGAAGAAGAAAAUUUUUUUCAGGAAAAAACUAAAAAAGAAUUAAUUAUUCAAAGAAAAACAAAAGAAUUAAUUGAAGAAUUUAUUAAAUUAAAAAGAAAAAUUAAUCAACUAAGAGAAAAUACUAAAUUGGAAUUAAAAGAAGUUAACUCUGAAUUUGGAGAAAGAAUGGAAACAUUGAUGAGACAAUUAAAAAGAGAAAUGAUUUUGAAACGACAUACAUUUACUGAUGAAGUCGAAAAAUCAAAAGAGAGGGAAAUUAAUAUUUUGCGCGCAGAAAAUCAAAAAUUAAUUUCCUCCUAUGAAGAUGCAGAAACUCGAGCAGAAUUAUCAGAAAACCGUUUAAAAGAAUUAUUAGAGAAAAUAUGGGCAAUUCCUUCUUUAAAUAAUGAAAAUAUUGAAAAUCCUUUUUCUUCAAUUUCUUCUGAUAAUUACCUCCCUUCUAUUGAUAAUUUAAUAAUUGCUAUACGUUUAUCAAUUGACCGGGCAUCUUUUUCUUCUUUAGAGGCAUAUCGAGCACAAGCAAGAGAAGAAUUAACAAAUGAACGAUUAAAAAGUGAAAAAGAAUUUAGAAAUAUUGAAAGAGAAGCAAAACUCCAAUUAGAACGCCGAGAGUCUGAAUGGGCUGCUGAACGUCUCGAGCUUUUAACUGAAUUAGAAAAUGAAAGAGCUAAUAAAUCUAUUGAGAGUGAAAAAAUGGAGACUAAAAGAGUAGAAAUGGAUAAAUCACAAAUGAGAAUUCAAAGUUUGGAAGAGCAAUUAAACCAUCUCUCCACACAAUUGUCUGAUGAAAGAAAUAAAUAUUUAAUAAAAUUAACUGAAAAUAAUGAAAGAUUUCAAACAGAAAUAACCGAAUAUCAAACAACUAUUACCGAUUUAGAGGAACAAUUAUUUGCUGAACAAAAAGAACGUCAAACAAUUCAAAUAUUAACAAAUGAAUUAAAGGAAUCAAAGAUUGCAUUAAAUGAAGAAUUGCUUGAAGCUUCAACACGUUUAUCUAAUGUAGAAUCCCAAUUGUAUAUUGCUUUAAAAAAUACAGAAGAGACAACGACAAAACUUCGUAGAGAAGGACGUGAAUUGGCUAAUAAACUUGUUGAUACUGAAGCAGAAAUUGAAACACUUAAAGAACAAUUAAAAACUUCUGAAAAACGAUUAAAAAAAGAAAGAGAAGAAUGGCAUUCAGAUAUUGAACGUGCAGACAAAGACUGGAAAGCACAAAGUAAAUUACUUACAAAAGCAGAAACACAAAAAAAAGAACUAAUUAAAGAAUUAAAUAUAGCUAAUUCUAAAUUAAAUGAAAUUGAAAUUAAAUCCGAAUCUAGAAUUCAAAAAGAACAAACAUUACGGACAGAAUUAAUAAAAUUAAAAGAAGAAUUGGCAGAAGAAAGAAUUCAGGCAGAAAAUAUUUCUGAGGAGAAAGAAAAGGAAUUUAAAAAAGAAUUGGAUAGAUUAAAAUUUGAAUUAUUAGAACGUUCAAAUGAAUUAACAUUAACAAUUGAAAGAGAAGCAGAAUUAACUGUUAAACUUGAAGAUGCUGAACACAGACUUACUAAAGCGAGUGAAUUAUGUAAAAGAUUAACUAAAGAACUUGAUGAACUUAGUGAAAAAAGUUUUGUUCAAAAUACGUCAACAGAGAAAUUGUUAGCCGAUUUGGAUGAAGCUAAAGGAGAAAUAAUUAUUUAUAAAGGUUCUUUAGAAGAACAAAAACGUCGAAAUAUACAAUUAGAAACAGAAAUUAGACAAUUAGAAAAAGAACGUGUCAGAAUUGAAAAUAUUUUUGAAAAAUGGAAAAAUAAAGAACAAAAACAAAAAUUAAAUAUUAAAGAAGAUUUAAAUUCUCUUGAAAUUUUAAUUAAAAAUUGGGAAGAAAAAAUAUUUGGAAAUUUAGUAAAAAAUGAAAAUAAAUUAACUAAAAGAGUAAAAGAAUUAAUUGAAGAAUUAUUUAAACAAAAUAUUAAAAAAAUAAAUGAAUUAGAAAAUGGUAAUUUUUAA